AUGUUUUUAUUUUUAUUUUUUCGAUUUUUUUUAGGCAUUUUUUGCGGCGGUCGAAACGUUUUUGAUUGUGAGUGUAUAAUAAGGCCUACGAAUCCAGAGGUAGAGUUUUCAGAUAUUUAUGUCUUGUACUUCACUCCCCCUCCCAUUUCUAUUGUUCAGAACGAGCUGUAUCAGGAACUCGACGACGAAGACUUACAAAAGAAUAAUUUGGACAAGAUAUAUGCUGCUACUGAGGAUUAUGAUUUGGAUCAACUGUAUGAGCAAGAACAUGUCUUGAGCUACCAAAAGAAAAGAAAAUCCGAGUCAAAAUUGCUUAUGGCCCGAGGCAAAGCAUCAUUCACUCGACGCUUCCAGACUCUUGGCGACAAGUGGAUAUUAUCAUCAGGGACAGUCGUGGAGGAGGUGUUAUAUGAGGCGGGCAUGGAAUGUGCUGUGUACAAUGCUGUACACUCAUUCAUGAUCGACAUGAAUGACCCUUGGAUAAAGGAUAAAUUCUUAGCAUCGGAUUGGGCAGAAAUAUCACGAGAUCCCCCCGCUUACCCACCAAUACCAGAAGCUGGACUCGAAACAGCUCUUCAAACGCGACCCAUUGACUCAGAAAGUCAGUUGGUGCACCAGUGUCUCGUGGACUGCCCAUCGCCUUUCGCCAUUGCUCAGCAGUUACCUGAGCAUUGGUGGCAAGAACGCGCAUGGGGUAUCGUGGGGCGUCUCGCACUGGAUGUGGAGUGUUGCUUUAUUCUACCUGGGGAUGUUGCUGGCAUUGAUUCAGACGCGAGACGUAACAGGGCUCGAUAUACAGGGAAUAUUCAACCCAUUUCGCGAAAAAGGAUGGGUGUGAGAGGAGAUUUGUUCUGGAGGUCGUUUGAAGAGCCACAAAAGGAUUGGGCUGUAGUGGAGACAUUGAAGAAAUGGAGUACCUUCAGCACGAAGUACAUUCUCGAAUCUUCCAUCAAACUGCCGCGUCAACUCCACGACAUAUUGGUGCAUCGGACAAAGGAGAUACUAACCCAUAAACAAUCCCGAAUACCUCACUUUGUUCCAGGUCUCAUGAUGGGAGGCCCUGUCAUUCAGCAAUUACAGAUUGGUUGGGGACUCGGGGGUACGAAUGUCACUAGAUUGUUCAGGGGCGAGACCACCCGUAUUGAGGCGACAAUUGACCUGCUAACAUUAUCGUUGGACGCUAUUUAUAACGUUCUGUACUUUAGGAUGGCUGUGAUUGAUUUCAUGACCAUGUACAGGUCGUUAAUUAAGAUCAAUGCUACCGAGGCGAGCAAAGCCCGCCGAGAGGCGCUUUCAGGCCAACAGAAGAGGGGCAGAGCGUAUAGUGGUAAAAGGGACACUUUCCAGGACAUCCUUCAUUCUUCUCCUUGA